AUCUGUUUAGGUGAUGUUUACAAGCCAGUCGCAUUAAAACAGGAGUCAUCCGCGCCUUUAUUUUGAUUAAAGCACUGCAGCUCGUGAACAUGUGCUUAUUGCUCGGUGCAACUGGAGUAGGAAAAACGCUUCUACUGAAGCGACUACAGAAGCUGUGCCAGAUGGAUCCAUGCGCAGAUUUGGGCGAAGCGCCAGUCACUCUGCCGACGGUCGGCACCAACCUCACUGACCUCAUAUUAAAGAAGAAGAAGAAGAAGAUAACAGUGCGAGAAUUGGGAGGCUGUAUGGGACCCAUUUGGCCAAAAUACUACUUGGAUUGCAAAUCUGUUAUUUUUGUGGUGGACUGUGUGAACGUUGAACAGAUUUCUUCAUCCUGCGUCCAGCUGCUAUCUGUUCUCUCUGCGGAGUCUCUGCUCUCUGCUGCUGUGCUUAUACUCUUCAACAAGAGGGAUCUUCUAUGCAGUAUGUCUCUGGUUGAGCUGAAAUCACUGUUCAGGAUGGAUGACAUCAUCAAAAGUGCACCUCAAUUUGUCACCAUACUAGAGGUCAGUGCUCGCUCCGGGCAGGGCCUUCAGGACGUGCUCCACUGGCUUUCCUCAAACCUCUCUGACACGAGUGAUUAGCAUGAAGAAAACAGUGGGAUUAACAUAACAGGACACAGUAGAUAUCUGACAAAUGUGAUGUGAAGAUGAUUUACAGUGUAACUGCACUCAGCCACGGCACAUCCAAACACAUUAGUUUGAGAAACUGUGUCUAACUGAGGUGACGCAGUGGCGCAGUAGGUAGUUCUGUCGCCUCACAGCAAAAAGGUCGCUGGUUCGAGC